CUGGAUUUUGUAGCGAUCCGCAAAUUUCUACUUAAUUUAUCAAACGCAAAUGCCGCAAAGUAAUUAAACUUUCAACAACGACAAAAUGGAAUUGAAAAUGUUGUCCUUCAUUUGUCGUCCAGCGUUGAUUUGACAACGUGCUGCGCCUGCGGUUUGAGCGUUCGUACGUACAGCGCGCGUCUCCAGCGUUGCUACAGCUACUUACUUCGCCACACAUUUCAGUUGUCUACUGUUUUUAGUCAGCUGUAGGCUGUCAACUGUCAUAGACAGCUGAAACUUUUCAACAAGCGCAACUAAUCCUUAACAUUUUUGUUGGACACAGCGUCGCUUUGGAGUGACUUACACGUUUGCGCAUAAGUUUCGUGCAACAUAUUUAAAUAAAAAACUUACAAAACAUACAUAUAAAUACCUACAGACGUCAUGUUACGCACAACGGCACACAGCACUAAGACGACGCGGCGGCAUCCGCUUGCGUUAUGCAACUCUGUCUUUGCGCUCAGCAUCGUGCUGCUGCUACACACACAUAACUGUCAUGCGGACGGCAUGCAACAUCUCGCGGAUAGCGGUGGUGGCGUCGGCAUGGGCGGCAUGGGUCCGCACUCCAUGGAUGUCAGUCCUGCGCCGGGUUAUGGCCUACCCGCCAUACCAAAAGAUCCCAAUUCACGCUGCGAAGAGAUCACUAUACCAAUGUGUCGCGGCAUUGGUUACAAUAUGACUUCCUUUCCGAAUGAAAUGAAUCACGAAACACAGGAUGAAGCCGGUUUGGAAGUGCAUCAGUUUUGGCCACUCGUUGAAAUCAAAUGUUCGCCAGAUUUGAAAUUCUUCCUUUGUUCUAUGUACACGCCUAUCUGUUUGGAGGACUAUCACAAGCCGUUGCCGGUUUGUCGUUCGGUUUGUGAGCGCGCACGUGCCGGUUGUGCGCCCAUCAUGCAACAGUAUAGUUUCCAGUGGCCAGAGCGUAUGGCCUGCGAGCACUUGCCGUUGCAUGGCGAUCCGGAGAAUUUGUGCAUGGAGCAGCCGUCGUAUACAGAGUCGGGCAGCGGCGGUUCGGGCCGUGAUGGCACGUCCGGCAGCGGCUCGGGCGGCAGUGGUGGUAGUGGUGGCAGCGGCAGUGGAGGCGGUGGUGGUAAACGCAAACAGUCUGGUUCCGGUGGCUCGACUUCACAGAAAUGCAAAGGCAAAAAUUCAAAAAACUGCCAAAAUUCCCUAGGAGAAAGAACAAACACAAAGGAUUGCACGUGCUCGUGUCGCCCGCCACUCCUACUCCUGGGGAAGGAAGCGCUGAUGCAGCCACCACACAUGCAUUACCCGUGGUACAUGAAUUCAACUGUACAAAGAAUCGCCGACGUACCAAAUUGCGCGAUCCCCUGCAAGGGCCCGUUCUUCACAAACGACGAAAAGGACUUCGCCGGAAUAUGGAUCGCCCUGUGGUCGGGUCUGUGCUUCUGCAGCACACUCAUGACACUAACCACGUUCAUCAUCGACACCGAAAGGUUUAAAUAUCCCGAACGUCCGAUCGUUUUUCUCUCCGCCUGCUACUUUAUGGUAGCUGUUGGUUAUCUAUCAAAGAACUUUUUGCAGAAUGAAGAGAUCGCUUGCGAUGGUCGCUACUUGAAAGAGAGCUCCGCAGGACCACACUCAUGCACUAUGGUAUUUCUACUGACAUAUUUCUUCGGCAUGGCUUCGUCCAUUUGGUGGGUAGUGCUCAGCUUCACUUGGUUCCUGGCUGCUGGUCUUAAAUGGGGCAAUGAAGCCAUCACCAAACACUCGCAGUAUUUUCAUUUAGCCGCCUGGCUCAUACCCACAGUGCAAUCGGUAGCCGUAUUGCUGCUCUCGGCUGUCGAUGGUGAUCCCAUUCUCGGCAUUUGCUAUGUGGGCAAUCUCAAUCCGGAUCAUCUGAAGACAUUCGUGCUGGCACCGCUCUUUGUAUACCUCGUCAUCGGCACCACUUUCCUAAUGGCGGGCUUCGUUUCACUUUUCCGCAUACGUUCCGUUAUCAAGCAGCAAGGCGGUGUUGGCGCUGGCGUUAAGGCGGACAAAUUGGAAAAACUAAUGAUACGUAUUGGCAUCUUUUCCGUCCUCUACACCGUCCCUGCAACCAUCGUAAUCGGAUGCUACCUGUAUGAGGCCGCCUACUUCGAAGACUGGAUCAAAGCGCUCGCCUGCCCAUGUGCACAGACAAAAGGUCCUGGCAAGAAACCAUUAUACUCAGUACUAAUGCUGAAAUAUUUUAUGGCCUUGGCAGUUGGUAUUACAUCGGGCGUUUGGAUCUGGUCCGGUAAGACGUUGGAGAGUUGGCGUCGCUUUUGGCGUCGUCUCUUCGGCGCACCGGAUCGCACUGGCGCUAAUCAAGCGCUCAUUAAACCGCGACCGCCCAUACCGCAUCCGUAUGCUGGCUCCGGCAUGGGUAUGCCAGUGGGUUCGGCGGCCGGUUCGCUACUCGCCACACCAUAUACACAAGCGGGUGGCGCAUCGGUUGCCUCCACCAGCCAUCACCAUUUGCACCACCAUGUUCUUAAACAACCGGCAGCAAGCCACGUAUGA